AAUUUAUCAACACCACAUGUAGAAAUUCAUAAUUACAAAACCACUGAAACAUCUAAUAAAUAAAUGUUAAACAGACAAUCCAUUUCAAGAACAGCAGUUUAAGUUAAGUACAAUUACAUUUUCUUUACCUACAUGUCUACCUACUUCCAAAUACAGUACGAUUUACAUUCAUAUUGCGAAAAUAAUUCGAGAAGUUUAAUUUAAUAAGCACCGAUAAAUUUCCGAAACUCAUUAAAGAUUAAUUUCUUCGGCAAAUAUUUUGUUUCACGUUGCACUGACAUAGAAAUGUAAUUAACAAAACCAAUAGCUAUAAAAAUCUAUUAUUUACCUUUUUAUAUUACUCGUGUAUAUUGGGGAGUAAUGAUAAGGCUUUGUAUGUUUUUUUUGUUUUUUUUUUUUUAUAUUCGUAGACGUACUACAAACUCGAGUAAGGCGGGCGGAGGAUUCGUACCGCCCAUCGGUCGCAGGCAACGGAUAUAAAAGCCGACCGGCAGCUCACAGCCUCACAUCGCAUCACAGCCAGAUCCGAUCACCAACGUCUCUACUCCAGCUGAAAGGUAACUACAAUGCGAGGAACUGCUGGAGUGCUUGCCGUGGCAGUGGCUGCACUGCUGGUCUGUUGCAGCGCUGAUCCUCACCAGGAACAAGACGUGUCUGGCAACGAUCAUACCUCUGGGGAACGCUACGAUGCCGCCGGUCACAAAACAAGGAAUCUGGAUCCUCUAGGUGGCGGUAAUCUGGUGCGAGACGUGAGGGAAGCAAGACACUCCGGAUAUCUACCGUAUCAAAUGUUCAGGCGGUACGAUUACAUCAGUCCAUAUGGCAAACGAGAACCCUGGCCUCUGGUGCCAGCUGAAUAUGGCGGAUAUUAUGGAGAUGGCUUCCCAAAACGUAAUUUCGAUGAAAUCGAUCGGUCCAGCCUCAACACGUUCGUGAAGAAGCGCAACUUCGACGAGAUCGACCGCUCCUCUAUGCCGUUCCCGUACGCCAUAAAACGUUUCUAUCACCUGUACGGACAAAACUUCCUUGACAUUGAUUCACCAGUGUCAAGUUUCGAUAAGAAAAGAUACAGACCAGACUACCCCAUGGAUGAGAUUGAUCUGUCUCACUUUCCCGUCGGAUCCAAAAGAUCUCAAGACUCUUACCCGCUCGCCUCUAACCUUUAAGCAACGCUCUUUAUUCAGAAACAUGAUAUAACCAUAUACGUAUAAUUAAUUAUAUACUUCAAUGUAUUAACGAAUUAUGAUAUUUGAUCGAAACUUGUUCUCGUAAAGUUUAGAUAGAAUCUCAGAAUAUCUGACAAAACUUCAGCAUGUUUCCUAAAAUUUAUUCGAAAUGUAAGAAAUUCGCUUUAGAUCUUUGAAUACUCAGCUUUUUAAAUAAAUUAGUAAUCAAAUAUUACUUAUAUUAUAGAUAGGAGAGAGAGAGGUUUAGGGUUAAUAUAUAAUGACAGUAUUAUAAAAUGAUAUUAAAUGUUUUAAAGUAUUAUUCCUGCGUAUCUUUAACUCAGUUUUGUGAUUUCAAAUGCAUGGCAUAUUUAAGAAUUGUUUUAAUAAUGAUUAACUAAUAAAGAGUAAAUUAUUCAAAA